AUGGGCUCGUCUCUCGCCAUGGUGCGACUUGCUCUGGUCGGUCUACUGGCCUUCGUCUCAAUCGCAUCAGCCCUGCCUGCAUCCAAGCUCUCGCGUGCAUUGGAGGAUCCCACCACUGAUCCCUUCUACCAGCCUCCUGCUGGAUUUGAGUCCAAGGAACCGGGAAUGAUCCUGGCCCAGCGCAAUGUCAGCGCUGCGUUCUUUGGUCUCAUCCCGAACCCCGUUGAAGCCCAUCAGUUGCUGUACCGGACCACUGCGAUCAAUGGCUCUGCUAUCGCAACCGUGACUACGAUUUUCAAGCCCAAGGGCGCCAAGUCGGACCGAUUCAUCUCGUUCGCCACGGCAUACGAUAGCUCGGCCGUGAAAUGCCAACCGAGCUACGCCUACCAACUUGGCGCUGCCCAAGACAGUCUGAUCGCCUCGGUCGAACUGUUGAUCGUCGAAGCUUAUCUGCUUAUGGGAUACACCGUCGCUUCGCCCGACUACGAGGGCCCUGAUGCGGCCUUCGGUCCCGGCCGUCUGGCCGGCAUGGGCGUGCUGGAUGGUAUCCGAGCAGUGAACAACUUCGACACGUUAGGUCUCAGUAAGAACCCUAUGGUUGUUGGUAUGGGUUACUCUGGUGGCGCCAUCGCCACCGGGUGGGCCGGAUCAUUGCAGCCAAACUACGCCCCUGAGCUGAACAUCAAAGGAUGGGUCCAAGGUGGAACCCCUGCCAAUCUCACGGGCACAUUGCUCACUAUUGACAACACGGUCUUCAGUGGCUUCCUCCCUGCUGCUGUUGUCGGUCUCACAGCACCAAGUGCCUACGGUGCUGAACUUGAUCCUGUCGUUGAUGAAGUCCUGACCCCAGCAGGCCGCAAGGCCAUCGAUGCCGCUGCCAACCAAUGUGCUGUCCAGAACCUAGCAAGCUUCUUUGAGCAGUCGCUCCUUGAUACCAAGGUCCAAACACUGGGUGAUCGCCUUCUUUACGACCCUGCCGUUCAGUCUGUCUUGUUGAAGAACAACAUGGGCGUGCACAAGGACGAGACCCCGACCGCGCCCACUUUUGUUUACCACGCUACUCAUGACGAAGUCAUUCCCUACGCCAAUACCUCCACCAUGGUGGACUCUUGGUGCGAUAAUGGUGCGAAUGUCAAGUUCACGACCUAUGCCAAUGGUGGUCACGCGACCACUGAGAUCAUCGCGCUGCCGGAGGCUAUCAAGUUUACGGAAGCCGCCUUUGAUGGGAAGACUGCAGGUGGUUGCACCACAAACACUGAGCUCUCCAAUAUCCUUAACCCGGUGGCUUUGGGGGCGUCCCUGGAGCCAAUUCUCACCCACCUUGUGGAUGGGCUGGCCCACCUGGGUGAUAAGGACUCCAAGCUCAAGUCUGAUAUCAACAUUCUGGGCAUCAAGAUUCCAGUCUAA